ACUGCAGAAUUUGGUGCGAAAUGCAUGGAUCGUUAAGUAUGUGAACCUGUUUCCGAUGCAGUCGCCAUUCUUUGGGUGUUCUCGCUUCUAUCGCAGGCAUCAAACACGCCGUCGACGCAAGGCAAGGAAGACAAUUGUGCCCGGCGCUUCAACAACACGAGGUCCUACAGUACAGCCUGCGGCCGGCCAAAUUUGCUUUAUCGCAUUUCAUUUACCAUGUGCCUCUUUCCCGAAUUUGAAGGAUUGCUCCACACCGGCUCUCAAGAUGGUCGACGCUUGCCGUUGGCUUAAUUUGAUACUCAUCGAACAGCCUUGACAUCGCAUCCUCCAAGCUGCCUCAGGAGGUAACGUCUUCAUGGAUCCUCUGACGAUCCUUUCGGCUUUGGCGACCUUGCAAGCCAAUGCCGAUGGGGCACAUCGCAUAUUGCUUACUCUCAGCUCUUUUGCGCUGUCUAUGAUGAAAGCCGAGCAAUCCCGUCGCAAAGUAUUAGAGGAGGUUCAGUCGUUUCGGAUGGUGUUGACUGCUGUGCAGACUCAGCUGUCUGUUGUGACCCACAGGCAAGACUCGGGUACCGUCAAACAUCACCUUCCUGCUAUAGUGCCUGUAAGGGAUUCGCUCGAAAAUUGCGACAAGGUUUCGCGAGACCUAGUCCAUCAAUUGGAAACUACGCAUAAAUCCUGGCAUUCCAGGUUUCUGUGGCCAGAGAAAGAGAAAGAACUGCAGAAGUGGUUGACUACCCUCCAACGCUCUAAAGGCGAUAUGUCUCUAUUGCUUCAGGCUGCAACACUGUGCGUAACGUCGUCGGUGCCCAGCAAUUGGUUGGCUGACCACUGUCAGUGAUCGUGUCUUGUCCUUGCAUGACCUGGUGACCCAGAGGGAAGAUACUGAACGAGAUGUAUGUCAGUCUAAGGUUCUAGAGUGGCUUCAAUGCAUCGAUUGCUCAGAAA